AUGAGGAAUUUCAGAAGUUUGAGGCAUUUCCGGUGUUUGAGGCAUUUCAGAUGUUCGAGGCAUUUCCGAGGUUUGAGGCAUUUCAGAGGUUUGAGGAAUUUUAUAUGUUUGAGGAAUUUCAGAAGUAUGAGGCAUUUCAGAUGUUUGAGGCAUUUCAGAAGUAUGAGGCAUUUCAGAUGUUUGAGGCAUUUCCGGUGUUGGAGGCAUUUCAGAGGUUUGAGGAAUUUCAGAAGUUUGAGGAAUUUCAGAAGUAUGUGGCAUUUCAGAUGUUUGAGGAAUUUCAGGAGUUUGAGGAAUUUCAGGAGUUUGAGGCAUUUCAGAAGUAUGAGGCAUUUCAGAUGUUUGAGGAAUUUCAGAAGUUUGAGGCAUUUCCGAAGUUUGAGGCACUUCAGAUGUUUGAGGAAUUUCAGAAGUAUGAGGCAUUUCCGGUGUUUGAGGCAUUUCAGAUGUUCGAGGCAUUUCGGAGGUUUGAGGCAUUUCCGGUGUUUGAGGAUUUUCAGAAGUUUGAGGAAUUUCCGGAGUUUGAGGCAUUUCAGAAGUUUGAGGCAUUUCAGAGGUUUGAGGAAUUUCAGAUGUUUGAGGCAUUUCCGGUGUUUGAGGCAUAUCAGAUGUUCGAGGCAUUUCAGAGGUUUGAUGCAUUUCCGGUGUUUGAGGAUUUUCAGACGUUUGAGGAAUUUCAGAAUGUUUGA